CGGAGCACCCGUAGGAAACGGACACGGGGAGAACAUGACCCAUCUGUACAGCCAACCAUCACAAAGAGUCCUAUCUUCUCCAGAGGAUCAUCCCGACAACAACAGUGAGCGGUCUGAAUCGGAACGUCGAGGAACGAAGCGCAAAAUUUCAACGACAUGUUGUGACGUUUGUGAAAAGGAGGAGGCCAAGUACCGCUGUCCCAACUGUCUCAAGUGUUCCUGCAGUCUCUCCUGUGUGAAGCAGCACAAGCUCCGCUCGGGGUGCAGUGGAGUUCGGGAUCGUACCGCCUUCGUCCCUCUGUCUCAGUUUGGUGAAAUCGACCUGCUCAGUGAUUACAGGUUUUUGGAGGAGGUGGGUCGCACGGCUGACGGGCCCAACAGAGACGGACUCCUGCGUACCCGGUCCCGCCACGGUUUCUCUGUGAUGCUGCUGAAGAGAAAAGCUCGUGCAGCUAAAGUCAACCUGAAGAUCCUGCCCAAAUCCUUCAGCCGGCGCAGAGAGAACUCGUCCAUCUACAAGGAAUCACUGAAUAAUUUGAGCCGUCAGAUGCACAGCAGCACGAGAAACAUCUGGAGCCACACCAGAGAGAAGAAACUUCACUGGCACCUCAAACUCGUCUUUCCUCAGAGCGACACUGAAUAUACAGAGAGAGUGCCAGAAGACCGAGUCCUAGAGAGGAUUCUUGAUGAUUACGUCCACCCGACCGGGUCAGAUCCUGUAAAACGCCAAAGGUUGAAGACGUACGUUCAGACUCCGCCCGAUCAGAUCAGCGUGUUCAUGAAGUCGGAGCAGCGAGAACCCGACUCGCCGAAGUACCACAAGCUGGAUGUGAAGAAAACUCUCCAUGAGAACCUGAUGUUGAAGACGGUACUGGAGUAUCCUGAACUCUACGUGGUUCUAAACAAACACCGGCAGGAAUAUCUGACUCGUAUACCAGUAAAAAGCAGUGCCACGCCCCGUCCAGCUCCCUCUUCAGGAGCUCCAGAUGUUCCAGAGGCUCAGAAACAGCCGGAGGUGAUGAAGACGACGACGAAGAGGACUGCAGAGUCAGAGCCGGAGGACGGAGAGGUUCUGAGUGAGGAGGAGGAUGGAGAAGCUGAUGGUACAAAUGCUACCUGUGAUUCUCUUCCUCAUAAAGACAGUAAAGAUGAUGAGGAGGAAGAGGAGGGUGAUGAUCAAGACCAAACCAUAGAUAAGAAGAAUGAUGAGGGUGGUCAGGGUGGCGGCGGCGAUGAUGAUGAUAAUGGUGGUGAUGAUGAUGGUGCAGUUGAGACUGAUAGAGUGUAGUACUGAUCAGCGCUUUACCGCCGGAUGUUGGUGAGCACGCUGGUAAUAAAGAUUGUGACUCGUAUCCUGAUGCUCCCACCACCGUGCUUCACUGUUGCUUUGUGCUCAUAUGUACACACGUGUUUUUUCAGACGUGUGUGUGAUUCCUGAUGAGUUCUUAUCGUUGAUUUGUUUGAUAUCACAUGAUUUAUUCUGUACACGGUUUAUUUUCUUAUGAUUAAAAUUCUGUACCAACCAGAA